GUUAGAAAAGAGAGGGAGAGGAAGGGGUCUGUGGUGGUCAUCAUCAUUCUUGGAGCAGAAAUUUGUAAGGAUGGACAGUGGAACCUGCCCAGUUCAUUCAUAUUGAGAGGUUUUUGUUUUGUUUUUGUUUUUUUUCCCGAAGUGAAGCUGGAUCUGGACAGCACCAUGUUGCUGUGGAUAGGAAGUGAAAAGGUGGGAAGAGACUGAGGAAAGGAUGGCGUACACACAGUUGGAACCCGUCAAUGAGGGUCUUCUGUCCAGACUGUCAGACUUGCUGCUGUGUCGUUGGUCGUGCCGGUCUUGCUGGCAGUGGUGUUGGGAAUGUAGCUGCUGCCAGUCCACUGAGGAGGAGGUGGAGAUUUUGGGGCCGUUCCCUGCACAGACCCCAUCGUGGCUCAUCAAUGACUGCCAUGAUGAGAAAGAACCAAACUCUCACCUCAUGGGACGUGAACAUGCCCCUCCAGACCAAAACCACAGCAGCAGCAGCAACAACAGCAGUACCAGCCCCAGCCGGCGGCGCUCCAGCUCAGAAAACUCCCGCUCCACCUUCAGCCUCGCCCGCCAGCUCUCCUCUCUGGAAGCCCGGCGGCCCAGCUCCCCUCUGGUGGACAUGAAGCCCAUCGAAUUCUGGGCGAUGGGUCCCAGGAAGGAGGUGGUGCAGCCCCUGCGUAAGCCGCAGACCCCGCCAGACGACUACUUCCGCAAGCUGGAGCCACGGCUGUACUCGGUGGACUCCGGCGGGGAUGAUGUAGACUCUCUGACGGACGAGGAGAUCCUGCUGCGCUACAAGCUGGGCAUGCUGCACUUCAGCACCCAGUACGACCUCAUCAACGGCCACCUGAGCGUGCGGGUCAUCGAGGCACGUGACCUGCCUCCUCCGCUCACCUGCGAUGGCGCCAGGCAGGACAUGGCACACUCCAAUCCCUACGUCAAGAUGAGCCUGCUGCCUGACCACAAAAACUCACGGCAGACUGGCGUCAAGCGCAAGACCCAAAACCCAGUGUUUGAGGAGCGUUUCACCUUCGAGCUGCCCUUUCUUGAGGCCCAGCGCAGGACCCUGCUGCUGUCCAUCGUCGACUUUGACAAGUUCUCACGACACUGCGUAAUUGGAAAGGUGGUGCUGCCUCUCAGUGAGGUGGAUCUGGUGAAGGGGGGGCACUGGUGGAAGGCACUGGUGCCCAGCUCUCAGAAUGAAGUGGAGCUUGGUGAACUCCUGCUGUCCUUAAACUACUUGCCCAGUGCUGGCAGGCUGAAUGUGGACGUCAUCAGGGCCAAGCAGCUGCUGCAGACUGACAUGUGCCAAGGCUCAGAUCCCUUUGUGAAAGUGCAGCUGGUGGCAGGUCUGAAAUUGGUGAAGACUAAGAAGACAUCAUGCAUGAGAGGCACCAUCGACCCCUACUACAACGAGUCCUUCAGCUUCCGGGUACCUCAAGAGGAAUUGAGUGAGGUUAGCCUCGUGUUCACAGUGUACGGACACAACGUGAAGAGCAGUAACGACUUUGUGGGCCGCGUAGUAAUCGGUCAGUUUUCCACGGGCCCUGCGGAGACCACCCACUGGCGGCGGCUACUGCGCUCCCAGCGGACCCCCGUGGAGCAGUGGCACAGUCUGCGCUCCCGAGCCGAGUGCGACCGCGUGUCCCCCGCGUCCCUCGAGGUCACAUGAUCCUGACUGGGACGCCUGAUUGGUGGAGGCGGAACGGAGAUGGGCUGGAUUGUGGUUUGAAAAGGCGAGGAUCUUUCGUGGUCUCACCUGAAAGACGAACGACAAACUGUCUGACUCGGGGAAAGGGGGUUAGGGGUGCGUCAACAUUUACUCUACACUGUGGCUUGAAGGACCAGUUGUAGAUAGAUUUACUAUCAAACCACAGUGUUUCCAGAAACAGUGGGUUCUGGCUGCAGUCCACCUGCUCUGACCUCACACCUGUUCUGAACAGGGGAAAAAAAGGCCUCGUAGUGUUUUUCCACUGGCCAUACAGAGCAGGGGCCUGCCGUCCACAUUUUCUCUUUAUCACAUUGAUACUAUCUUACAGGACAGCUCAAUAACCUCAUCAUCGUCCGUCUCUCGGCCGCUCAGCUGGACACUGGGGCAGCCGAGACCACUCCUCCUGCUGGUAUGGGGUGCAGUGUUUCAACCACGUUGCUUCUUUUAAUCCGACUACAACACGAGGUAGUUGGGAGUUAAUCCAAAAGCAAUCCGCGUUCCUUAUUUGUUUUUUUUACAGUUUCACACCAAAGCUUCUGUUUUCGUUUCUGUUGUAUCGAGCUGUGCGCGUGUGCGUCUGUCUGUCUGUCCUCAGAGUGAAUGUCUAACGUUUUUCAGUAAGUGUUCGCACUCCUAAUAGCAAUCGCGUUCUACGUCACCACGUCAGAAUGUGUUGGUGUCUGUGUGGAUAUUUUUGCAGGGUUUAGAAAACACGGUGCCAUUCCAGAAAAGGUGCAGAUGAACUCACCUCCCUCUGGUUUAAGACUCACCUUUGUACGUUUACCAACAGUCCAGUCCAGUGUGGUCCACAUGUUGCCGUGCUGUGUAUCUUGUCCUACCUCCUCUCUGUCUGUCUAGUGAGUAGAUGGACAUAGAUCGGUCCUGCUGGAGGAGUGAUGUUCUGUAGUAUAGAAAUCAAAGUGCGCUCAGAAACAUUACCGUCUUUAUCCGUCUCCUGACGCUUUCUCGUGUGUGCCUAGUAGUGAACUGUUCCGGGUCUAGAGGCACCUUGUAUGAUUGUGAAAUCUCUAUGUUAGUGUACGACUUGACCGUGACAAAUGAUUACUAGUAGAUAAAAACACAUAAGAAUAACAAAGAUGUGCCAGUGAAGAUAUUUAUUUAGAUAAAUCAAUGCGUAGACAUCUUAUAUAUUUAUCUCUACAAAUAUAUAUGUAUAUAUUUAUUACUUCAACUGUAUACCAUGAAUGAUAUGACUUGAACAAAUACAGUAUGUGUUGCUGGACGUAAACACGAGGGGAGACAGAAAUACAAAAUAAAUAUAUUGGAAUAGAGAGGCGACUGAUACGUUCCUGCCUGUUCACAGCAAACCUGUGAGCGAGGGUCAACCACUGCUGCUCAAUGUGAAAUGCUGCUCGCGUGUGAGAUAAAGUUUGGUUUUAACUCAGAAGGAAGACACCUGGCGUCCAGGUGGAUGCUAGCGAGGGAGUUAUAAAUGCCCUCUCUUGUCUUUGUUGUUUUUUUUUAACCUUGGCAAACCAGACCUCUUGUAAGUGAUGAGCUGUUGUCCCUUUAAACGCCCAUUCAAACGAAAUCACGAUGUGCACUGAGUGCUGUCGGGUCCA